GCCCCAAACUUUAAAACCCCAAAAAAAAAAAACCCUCCGUCUUCUUCAGAUGUCUAAACCCUCAGUCGAUUUCUUCUUCUUCUUCUUCUCUUCUUCCUCUCGUGAUCCUUAGCGCCAUUGCAGCUCCGGUGAAGAUCUGAGUGCGGUUAUGGCGUAGGGUUUUCGUGGGUUUUCUUACUUUUUUGUCCGCUUCUCGCCGGACGGGCUGUUCUGGAACAUCUGGUGCCCGACAGCGGAUUUUCUGCUGAUCGAGUUCUUGACCGGUUGACCGUAGGUGUCUGCCAACUCCGUUAAAUUUAGUCGUCAAGAAAUCAAAGAAAGUUAUGUCCAUGCCAAAUCAAAUGUCCGAUUCGAAGGAAGAAAAAGUGAAGCAAAGGGAUUUUGACUUGAAUGUGUCUGCUGCAAUUCCUGGUACAGAGCAAAUGACAGAUCCUAAGAGCGAUGAAAUUGAAAUGGAGCGAGUUCACGGAUGGCAGAUUGAAAAUUAUAGUGGUAACGGUGUGAAGGCUGAAUGUAAAACUGAGAGGUUGGCUGACAAUGGGAUGGAGAAAAGCACAAACGGCGAUGGCAUGGAGGCUGUAAACAAAACAAGGAAGAAGACAAAAGUGAAGUUAGAAUUCCCUCAUGGUGGCGUCAGCAUUACCCGGAGGGUUCUCCGGUCCAGUUUUGCUUCAGCUAAGGAAGAUACUGAAAGAAAUGAUGAACAUCAUGAUUCUGUGGAAGGCAAAAUAAAAGGUGAUAUCAAGGGCAAGUUUAGUGGUGUAAUCCCCUGUGAUGGGGUGGAAACAGAAGUGGAAUCAUCUCCCAAAGUAGAGGAGGUUCGCGUAGCUGGUUUUACGAGUGAGCUUAACGUGGUAAUCAAUGAUAACGGAUCAUAUGACGGAUAUGGAAAUGUCGUGUCACAUGAAAAAAAGCAGACAUUUAAACGUAAACGUGGAAGGCCACGAAAGUUGCAGAUUAGCGGUCAAUCUGAUGAUGGAGACUCUGGUUUGAAGUGUGAGCAUGGGGUAUCUACCUAUUUGUGCAAUCAACAGUCUGAUCCUGAUGAAUUUCAUUUGAGACUGCGUGGUAGAACCCCCAAGACACAGAAAACUGUUGAAGGUCCUUGCAUAAGCGGAAAGAUGACGAAACGUAAGCGUGGAAGACCUCCAAAAUUGCCUAACCAGAAUAUCAGUGACUCUGUUGGUGAGUCCAAGAGACCAAAAAGUAAUUGUGAAGGCAAAGCUAAGGGGCCAGAGACUGAUGGAGGUAAACACAGGAGAAGGAAGAAGAUCCUACUUAAGGAUGAGAGAUCUCCAAAGCCACAGAAGGAGAAGAGCUCUGAGGAGACUGAUAAUUCAGAUAAUGAAGCAAAGACGAGGUCAAAAAUUCAUGUCAGUUGUUCAGAGUCACAGGCCAGCAAUCCCUCAGUUGAUGGGGAAACAAGAAAAGGAGUGCAGGAAAGUAAACAUAGCAAACCCGUGAAACGAUCUAUAUCAGGAGCUAAGAAGUUAUUGAGGGAUCGGAUACUGCAGCUGCUUUUAGCAGCUGGCUGGAAAGUUGAAUAUAGGCCCAGAAAUGGUAAGGACUAUAAUGAUGCUGUUUAUGUUAACCCUGAGGGAAGGACUCACUGGUCGGUGACCCUGGCUUACAAAGUUUAUAGAAAACACAUGGAAAGCUGCACGGAUGAUCCAAAAAAUGCUACUGGUGGUUCUAAUUUUGCCUUGUUAUCAGAAGAGGAGCUUCACAUUUUAGAGAGAAAAGUUCAGAAAACAAGGUGCGAUAAGGGUAAGGAAAAGGUGAAAUUGGAGGACAAGGAUGAUGCUGAAGACAUGGUCACAGUAAAGAGAACAGGGAAGCGGAAACUGCAUGCAAGGAUAUUGCCGAAGGAAAGAAUGAGGAUGCAGAAGAAGCUUUCUACGAGUUAUCGUACUGGGCCACUUCAGAAGAAACUAAAAGGGGGUCACCUGUCACAGAAUUUAGUAUGUAUGUCUCUGGGGCUUUCUAAAUCAGUCACAAAAAAGAAGAGGGAAGAAAAACAUACCAGAAAGCGUUGUGCUCCACUGGCUCGUGGUUCUUUCGAAGAUGCGGGUUCUAAGGAUGAUGGGUUCACUUUAUAUGAAGGGAAACGCACCAUAAUGGGUUGGAUGAUUGACUUAGCCAUUGUGCCACUGAAAGCGAAAGUCCACUGCAUGACCUCCAAAACAAAAGUGCCUCUAGAGGGAAUGAUUACAAACGAAGGUAUUCUGUGUGACUGCUGUGGUGAAGUAUUCUCUAUUUUCGAUUUUGAGAUUCAUGGUGGAGGCAAACUCAACCAGCCACUGGGAAGUCUAUAUUUAGAGGGUGGGGCUUCUCUUUUGCAAUGCCUUCUCGAUUCGUGGAAUAAGCAAGACAAGUCACGGCUUAAAGGGUUCCACUUUGUGGAUUUCAGUGGUGGAGACCCAAAUGAUGAUACUUGUGGUAUUUGUGGGGAUGGAGGAGAUCUUAUCUGUUGUGAUGGUUGCCCAUCAACAUUCCAUCAGAGCUGUUUGGGCAUAAAAGUAUUCCCAUCAGGUUCCUGGUUUUGCUUCUACUGUUCAUGCAAAUUUUGUGGUGAAAUUGAGGCAACUAAUGAUGGUGGCACAGCUCGAUAUCCCUUGUUGAAUUGCUGCUUAUGCGAAGGGAAAUAUCACCAGGCAUGCGUCAGGGAAACUUGCAAGGCUGCCAAUGAUAAGUGUAAUCAUUCAUUUUGUGGCAAGAAUUGUCAAGAGCUAUUUGAGGGACUUCAGUCACUCAUUGGAGUGAAACAAGAGCUGCCAGAGGGUUUUUCAUGGAGUUUCCUGCGCCGUUUUGACCUUACGACUGAUGUUUCUAAUGUUGAAGUAUCUGACAAGAUUGUGUGCAACUCCAAACUGGCUGUUGCAUUUUCCGUGAUGGACGAGUGCUUCUCACCUUUAGUUGAUCACAGGAGUGGAACCAACUUGCUUCAAAAUAUUGUUUACAAUUUUGGGUCAAACUUCAGCCGGCUAAAUUUCAGCAGUUUUCUCACUGCUAUUUUGGAGAGGGGUGAUGAGAUCAUUGCUGUGGCAUCUAUCAGGAUCCGGGGAAACCAACUGGCAGAAAUGCCAUUUAUUGGAACACGCUAUAUGUAUAGGCAUCAAGGGAUGUGUCGUCGACUAAUGAGUGGCAUUGAAUCUGCACUGGGCUCACUUAGAGUAGAAAAGUUGGUAAUACCUGCAGUUCCAGAACUGACUGAGACAUGGACUUCAGGCUUUGGCUUCAAGCCUGUUGUUGAAUCGAACAAGAAAAAAAUAAAGAAUCUAAUCUUGAUGGUGUUCCCUGGUCUAGACAUGCUGGAGAAACCUUUGCUGACACAUAAUACCACUGCAGAGGCAAAUGCGUUCUCUUCCAAUGGUAAUCUGCCCUUGGUGCCUGAGAUUUGCCGACAAGUAGAUGCCAAGGCUAAUAAACCUGAGGGGAUGUGUUCUCCAAAUCUUGAUCCGGGCUUCCCUGUCCCGGGAGCAGGGGGUAAUGCAGACAAUGGAAACUGUGGAACUGCUGAUAUUGAAUCCUCUUUGCAUUUAGCAGAUAGCUGCUCUGGGCUUGAAAAGAAUGAAGAUUUCAGGGGAAGUAAUGAGACAGAAUCCAGACCGGAUUCAUGCAAUGGUUGCUGGGAGGAGAAAGGAAGCUUGGGAAAGGUGACAGAUAGAGCUUUAGAAUCCCAUCCCGUACCAGCUGAGAGUUGCAUUGGGCACAGAACUGAUACACAGUGUGUAAUAGGUGAAGAAAGUACAUAUGAGUCGAUUGUGGUUGAUGAUAGCUCCCAUCAGGACAAAACUGAUUCUGUAAGGGAAAAAGCCAGUGAUGUAGAGAUGGGUUCACCAAUAUCUGAUGACUGCUUUGAGGGUAAAACUGAGAUGACUAAGGAGGAGGCAGAACCACCGGAUAUCAAAGAACCGUCUCGAUCAGUUUCUGAUGAUGCAAGCGUGGAAGAGAGAAAGAGAAAGAGCAAUGCUUUAGCUUCUGCUUUGCAGACACAAGAGAGAAGUGAAUGCCACAAUGAGAGUAUCCCCUCCCAAACCGAGACCAUUGAACGAAAAGUGCAUCUUUUCGAGUGCCAUAUCAUCUGAAGAUUCUGAAGCAGAAAUUUUCAGCUUGAGGGAAACCCCUUUUUUGUGAAUAUGACGAGGCUAACACAUUUUGUCUAAGGCCAAAGUUAAAGCAUCUCUUCUUUUGUCGUUUCCAGGUGAAGUGGGAUUCUUCAGAAGCCACCAGUUGGAAGAAGAGUUGUUAGACUUGGGACCCUGAUUCAGGCGCUAAGUAGACUCUUGUUGGCUGUUUGCUGCCUAAUGCAAGUAACUGAAUUGAUGUAACUGCUGACUAAUUUAUUACAUAAUUUUGUAGUACAGCCUUCGUUCAUCAAAGUGAAAGAAACUUCAACA